GUGUGUGAGUGUGUGUGUGUGUGUGUGUGAGAGUGUGUGAGUGUGUGUGUGUGUGUGAGUGUGUGUGUAUGUGUGUGAGUGUGUGUAUGUGUGUGUGUGUGUGUGUGUGUGUGUGUGUGUGUGUGUGUGUGUGUAUAAAGGGUGUAGACUCCUGGAGGGAUGGGGUGAGGUAAGCCCCCCAAUAAUCAAAACAAGCAAGUACGAUCCCCCAAUAUUUAUACCAUGAUCAAUGAAAACAUGUAAAUUCUUGAUGUUUAAUCUUCCUGAUGUUCAGUUUAUGCUAAGCGUUCAGAUCAGACUGAAAUGAUCAGGGAUGUUGCUCAAAGUAACGUGAGCGGCUCUUUGUAAUGUCGGGUUCUUCAGCGGGAUCUGUGGAGCGGCAGGAGCUGGUUCAUACACAGAACUGAUGAUCACUGGAUGAUUUAAACAUUCUGCCACAAAACACUAUUGCAAAACUUACAUUGUUUUCCAACAGAUUUCUGUAAACGCCUCCGUCUGCCAUUGGUUGAGUCAAUGUUGUUGUGUUGGUCUGGACAGGUCUUUAGUGUUUACAGGUGUUUGAGGAGUUCAGCCUACACAUGACUUACUUAUAGUUGUCUCUGCAUACUGUACUGGGAUAGGAGAAUCUAUUGCAACACAACAAGUGAAACACUCGUGUAAUGUGACGUGUAAGCUAGAGUUUCAUUAUGUAGAUCUGAGUCAUGAACAAUCACUCCAUAUCACGCUGGUUGGGACAGAUCGGACUUCCAGAGUACACCAGAAUACUGGAGAAACAGUAUUACGGCCUUGAGGGUCUGCUUGAUGUGACAGAAGACGAUCUCAGACUAAUGGGAGUUGAAGACUCAGAACACAGAGCAAUCAUCAUAAUCCAACUGAAGAAACAACAACCACAGACCAUACAAGCAAUCAAAGAGACUUGCUCAACAAGAUCCACAGGCAGCGUGACCCGGAAGUAUUCUUCAACAUUAUCACUCAAUGUGGUGAAACCCACAACCGACCUCUUCCGUCAAAGCAUCAUGCCCCGACUGCGUCGCAGGGACGACCAAAGAGUCUCCGCCUCCUGCCUCCAGCUCCUGGGCCAAACCACUGAGGAAGACCACGCCCCCUCCAGCAAACACAAGCUCAGCAGGAGGAAGAGUGUGACAGCCUUCAUCAGUCAGGUGUUCUCUGGGCUGAAGGACAUGGACUCUCUGAAGAAGGAACUGGAGGAGGAGCUUAAACUCAACCCUGAAGAUCUGAGGAGUCACGCCUGGUAUCACGGGCCGCUGUCGCGCGAGGGUGCGGAGCAGUUGUUGUGUCGGGACGGUGAUUUUGUGGUGCGUGAUUCCAGCUCCAGCGCAGGUGAUUAUGUUCUGAGCUGCAUGUGGAACAAUCAACACGUGCAUUUCAAAAUCAUACGUGUCGUUCUGAGACCCAAACAGGGUUACUCCCGCGUUUUGUUCCAAUUUGAGAACGAUCAGUUCGACAACAUUCCUGCGUUAAUUCGAUUCCACGUCGGCGGACGGCGUCCCAUCUCAACUUCCUCCGGAGCGGUUAUCUUCCAUCCAAUCACGCGCACCCUGCCUCUACGCAUCAUCAGUGAGCGCCAGGCUGCAAAAUCAUCAAGCUCAUCUCAUUGGUCGAGAGGUCAGAGCAAGAGGCGGAGCCUGAGUUCCUCUCAGAAUGACACACUACAGGUCAACAACAUCCUGCUCAGGAGUGGCAGUCAGCCUGCUAACCUGGAGACAGUGGGGAGACCAUCUCUACAGUCUGCACAUUCUGACAGCAACCUCCGCACCGGUGUACCUCAGACGAGUCCAUCACAGGAGUUAAGCCCCGCCCCCAUUUCGCCAGUGUUCCGCACAGGAAGUGAACCUCUACUCAGCCCAGCCAAUUCCUGCGCCACUAGGCUUAGCCAAUCAGGUCUCGGCGGCUCACCUUUCCGUGGCUCCGAUGGACAGCUGCAUUCUCGGGCGCCGCCCAAACCGCUGCGGAUCACCAUCCUGUCCCCCCCCACUCCGACCGUUUCGGAGGACGACCCUGUCGAUCUCUAUGGCGAGCUGGUGCCACAGGUUCCAGUCACCAUGUUGCCCAAAGGUCACGCGACGCAGCUCCGUGCUCAGGAGAAAUGGACCAGUCGCGCGCGUCUCACCGAAACUAGCUUUGGGUUCCUAGAGGCGCAGAAACAGGAAGAAAAUCGCCGGUCGGGACAGACAGCGAUGGAGACGAUGAAGGACACGGACUGGCAUUUUGAGCGUCCACAGACUGAGACCUCCUCAUGUUUUCGUCUGGAGGAUUUCCACUCGCUUCUGCUGCCGGAGAACAAUCGUCCACUGGAUCAGACCACACUUCUCAAAGUCAAAGAUCUGCUGACGCACACCGACGCCAGGACCACUGCGUUACACAUGCUCAGUGUCAACUGUCAGGUGGCUCGAGUCACAGGUGUGACGGUGGAGCAGAAGAGGAUUAUGGGAGUCGAAACAGGUUUAGAGCUCAUCACACUACCACACGGAGGCCAGCUGAGACAAGACCUGUUGGAGAGGCAUCAUGUGAUGGCUCUGGGCAUCGCAGUGGAUCUUCUGGGCUGUACGGGGAUGGUGGGUCAGCGGGCGACUGUCCUGCACAAGACCAUUCAGCUGGCACAAGAACUGCGGCACACCACACAUGACCUGUACGCCUUCUCUGCUGUCAUGAAGGCCCUGGAGAUGCCGCAGGUGGUGAGGUUGGAGAUGACGUGGAGAGCGUUAAGGCAGAAUUACACUGACAGUGCUGUGAUGUUUGAAAAGAGUCUCAAACCCUUCAUGAAAUCACUUAAUGAAGGAGACGACUCUGUUGUGUCGGGGCCGUUGUCUCUGCCUCACAUGGUGCCGUUGUUGAGUUUGAUGGAGGGAGAGCAGGACAUUGUGGAAUCGACAGGCAGAGGCUGCCAGCUGCUCUACAACCUGCUACAGUCAGCACGCAACGCUGCACUACACGCCAACGACUGCACACUGCAUGCUUACAGCCUGCUCUCUGCUGGUUGGGAGCCUAUCCCAGAGCUGAUGGAGGUGUUUCAGACAGAGUUUGCUCUUCGUCUCUUCUGGGGCCAAACAGGCGCAAAGGCCGAACGGAAGGAGCGCUACACCAAAUUCAACAGGAUACUAACGGUGCUGUCCAACAAACUGGAACCAGACAAAACCUCUGAAGUUUGACGUCCUAAUCUUAAAGGGAUAUUCCACCCACAAAUGAAAAUACUGUUAUUUACUCACCCUCAUGCGAAGAGAAGACAUCCUGACAUAAAUCCAGGCCGCUCCGUACCAUACAAUGAAAGUGAAUGGAGUAUGUUGACAUAACAAAUCAUAAUGUAUCAUAAAAGUACUACAUACCACUCUUGUUAAGUCAUAUGAUGUUUUCUGUGUGAAAAACAGAUCCCAAAUUAAAUUGAUAUUCACUGAAAAUAAUCCCUUCCAGUGAGCUGUUAACCAAUCAAUCAAUCAAUCAAUCAAUCAAUAACUGGAUCAAUCGAUUCAAUUUCUGGAUCUGACUCACAAGAACAUUAACUCAUGAAUGGGAGUAAAAAAUAUCAUUUUUAUAUUUGGGAGAACUAUUCCUCUACUCAUCAAUGCCAUCUGCUGGAGGAAACAGGAACAAAGCCAUCCUACAACCAAUUCUGAUUGGCUAUCUAGAGAAAAGGGGAUGGGCUUCUGAAAACUGCUUGAGAUUGAUAUUCCUGACAUUUAGUCUCAAUCCAGCAGGAAAUGAGAUGACCUUGGGCAGACUCCUCACUUUAAAAAAUGGUUUUAAAAAUGUUGAUUUUACUCACAUUUGUAUGAUUGUUGUUCUUCUAUUUUAUAAUGGUUACCAAAACCAGCUUAAGGUGCAUUAUUGUCACCAACUGGACUGAAUGUGGCAUUGUGAUUGGUCCAAUUCUAUGCGUGUUGAGUUAAUGGUAAUUAAUUAAAAUGGAAAUUAAUAUAUCAAACUGUGGCAG